GCCUUUUCAUAGCUGUCAGUGACACUAGCGAUUUAUUUAGCUGGCAGUUGGGGAAAACGCAUCGAUUUAAAUCGAUAUUUGUUGUCUUUUUCUAAUUUAUAAAUGAAUAACCUUCGUUAAUGUGUCUGCAUUGCUUAUUAGAAGCGUGUAGAAGUACAAAUGAUAAAUGCUAGUCCCCGAGUUAGCAUAGUUAGCUAGCCGGCUAUGUUUGUUUUGGUGUUUUUUGGACGCUGCAGUAUUAAAACUAAAGCUAAACAUGGUUGUUAUAUAGGUAGUUAUUAGCUAUUAGUUAAUGGUAUUAGUUAAUAUUUGCUUAUAUAGGUGUUAUAUAGAUGUUGUGAAAAAUGGGUUAGGUUUUAUCUAUUAGCUAAGUAGUAAAUAAUACCAGAUGGGUUUUGUAUAUAAAGCCUGUGUAAUGUAGCAUUAGGAUUAAGACAUACAGCAGGUUGGUGUUUUCUUUAUAAUGUUAAGGUUCAGUGGGUCAUUUUUGGCCAGUCAGAGUGUUUUACUCUACACUUAAUCAUAUUUAAACCCAGUCAGUAAAUAUGUGUGUAUGCAUAAAUGAUGUAAUGAACCAUUAUGGUUGAUGUAUGCAUAGUGUGCUAGGCUUACAGUACAGGAUAUUUCUGACCUGCCAAAGUCAGAAAGAGCAAUUAGAUCAGACUCCAUCUGAUCUAAUUUGAUCUAAGCUGGAUCAGGAUCAUAUUAAACCCAGCUGGCCCCAUGGUGCUGCGCAGACUCCUGAGAAAGCGAUGGGUGCUGGGGGUGGUGUUUGGCUUUUCCCUCAUCUACUUUCUUACCAGCACUCUUAAACAGGAGGAACGAAGUUUACGGGAUCGGACUCUGCUGGAGGCGAGGGAAUCCGACCACCCCAUCGCAUGGAAAGUCAAAUUCAACCUGGGCAACAGCAGCAGGCAGAUCACACAGUGUAGGAACUCCAUACAGGGGAAGACUUUCAUCACAGAUGAACUCGGUUACGUGUGUAAGAGGAAGGACCUGCUGGUGAACGGUUGCUGUAAUGUGGAAGCGCCCAGUUCCAGGCAGUACGUCUGUGACGGUUGCCUGUCCAAUGGCUGCUGCAGUGUAUACGAGCACUGUGUCUCCUGCUGCCUCCAGCCUGACAAGCAACCUCUGCUGGAGCGCUUUUUAAACAGAGCUGCCGAGGGCUUUCGGAAUCUCUUCACGGCAGUCGAGGAUCACUUCGAGCUGUGCCUUGCAAAAUGCCGGACCUCCUCACAGAGUGUCCAGCAUGAAAACACGUACAGAAACGCUCAGGCUAAGUUCUGUUACGGCGAGAGUCCACCGGAGCUCCUGCCUGUCUGACUGAAAUAGGAACGAGAAUCGGCUCAUCUCAUCAGGGUGAGAACGACCUGCUACUUCCUACCUCCACUCCUUCAGUAUGUUUAAUGGUACGCUUUAGCCAUGAUGACCAGUGGCGUAAAUACGCCGUGACACAGACUUGAACUGGUCCUGGAGAGGAAGGAGGAACGGUGCUGGCUGCACAUCGAGCCACGUAAACCUCAUCAGUAAUCAUUCUAGUUGCUAGGAGGGGCCAAAUAUUGGUCACUGUAAAUGCUUUUCUAGACAAUUUCACAAGAAGUGCAUGACACCGACGCAAUCUUCCUUAUUAAUAGUAGACGGGAAGGUUGAUUGAGUCGUGUGAUCUCUCACAGCACAGCGAUGUUUAGUGCAACUGUUGUAUGUUAAUGCUGUGUGUUAAUUUAAUAAAAUUUUUACUGACCCA